AUGACGCAGAGGAUCGUGAUCGCCGUGCAGAUGGCGAGCAGCAGGUGCCGGUCCAAGGCGCUGGCGCUGGUGGCGGCCACGCCGGGGGUGGACUCGGUGGCGCUGGCCGGGGACGCCAAGGACCAGGUGGUGGUCGUCGGCCACGGCGUCGACUCGGUCAAGCUCACCAGCGCCCUUCGCAGGAAGGUCGGCCACGCGCAGCUGCUGCAGGUCGGCGACGUCAAGAAGGAGGACCCGAAGAAGCCGGCGGCCGCCGUGGUCGAACACUACCCGCACUCGGGGUACUCCUACCCGUACGGCUACUACUACCCAUCGCAACCGGCGCCGGUGAACGUCUUCUACGGGCAGCAGCACUACCCUGCAGCCGCGGUCGAGGCGUGCGGGUACCCAUGCUCGCGGCCGGAGCCGGGCACCUGUUCGGUAAUGUAG